UAAACAACAUGUGAAAACUGAAGGUUUCUUCAUGGUUUCUUCGUGCUUCUGUGUUCAUGCUUGUGUUAAUAAUUUAAUAUCAAACUUCUUCUUUGGAUUGAUACAUCUAUGAUUACAUUAAGAGUUUGACUACCUUUUGAAGUCUCAGCUUCAUCAUUUUACUCGUCAAAUGGGUACCUAAAGCCUCUUGAUCUUGUUUGACCUGUUCUGAGGGCUCCUGCUAGCUCAACCUUUAAAACAUAAAUAUGCCCGAAUUCAGUGCUUGUGCUGUGUGUGGAUCCACCCAAUACUCUCUGGACAAUGGCAUGUACUUUUGUGAUACAUGCGGUACUGCACUUAAUGAUGUGUCACAACUAGUCGAUGCAAAUGAUUACACAAACCAAGAGAUUGAAGAGGAAGUCGAAGCAGUUGUCCCUGGUAGUGCUUCCAUCGGUGUCAAUAAAAGACAGGUCACUGCUCAUCAAAAAUAUUUUUACGAAUAUACAUCCUGGGAAAUUUACAACUAUGCACUGAAAGGAUGGGUUGAUGAACUCAUCCAAAUGGGCAUUGAUCCACAGUUAAAGGUUGUGGCUCUGCAAGUUUGGGCAAAAAUUUUAAGUUUAUCAAAAGUAGCAUUUUUCUCUGAAGAUAAGACUGAGAAACCACGGCUUGGAAUACAUACCAAUAAACUUGAUGCUCAUAUUUUGUACGGAGUGAAGAAUAUAAAGAGAGACCUUUUUGGGAUAACAAAUAAAUCCCAACUCCUCAGAGCUGGUGGAAAAUUGAAAGAAGGAAAAGAGCGCAACAAACGUAGCAAAAAUAGAACUCAAGUUUUAAGGAAAGAUUUGAUGAAACUCCACCAAAAAGAGCAAGAAAGUGCUGCUUUAGAAGCGAGUCAAAUGAGUCAAACCUUGGAUAAUUUGAUGGCUGAUGAUUUAGAAAAACGGAAGAACACGGUCCUCUUAAAUCCCAAAGCAAAAAAGGCACUCGAUGAAGCAAUUAAAAAUGGAACGCCAGUUGAUACCAAAAUCAAAGAUGAAAUUUUUCCAUUUAACCUAACAACUUUAAUAGCAGUUUUACGAUGUGCUUUAGUCAUCAUGGACACUGAAGUACUUACCUCAGAUUUAUUUCGGCUAGCCGACAAUAAAUUUUUAUCAUUAUUCCACAUUGCUAAUUUGGUGCCUGAGCACAUUUUAGCCAAGUGUGACCCGAUGUUGUACAGUCCUUCAACUCAUUUAACCAUGCCCAGACCUGAUAGCGUCGAUACAGAGGUGGCAGCCCUACUAAGGUAUAUGAAUGUCACUUACCGUCCAAAUCUGGGGCAGCUAUGUGCUAGGUAUUGUCAGGAGCUCCAGUUACCUGUGAUGGUGGUUGAGUGGACUCAGUUGAUCAUAAAACUUUAUCCUGUCAGUGAAAUUGUGCCUCUGAAGAGAAAUACACUUCAUUACAAGUAUAGGUAUGACGUAAUUGUAAUGGCUUGUAUCAUUUUCGUCAUGAAGCUAUUCUUUUCUCUGGACGACGUCACCGAGUAUGAACAAUCUAAAGUGGCAGCCGCAAUCAACAAGAAAAUUAGGAAACACAAGCUUGCCGAGCCAAUUCUGUUUGAAUGGAAUGAAUGGAGGAAGUAUAUAACUUGUCGGAAAACUCUUAUUGCAUUGCACCAUUAUCCAACUUUCUUAAGAUUGCAUCAGGAUAAGAUGUUCGAUGCUAAUCUUUUAUUAAGGUACUGGCAGAAACAAGUUCUACCUCCUGGUGUUCGGAGAUCUGCUAUGGUGGACUUCUACUCCUCCCUGUUGAAAGAUCUGGAUCCUAGUCUGGAACUGAAUACUGAUAAGAAGCUAGUUUUACCUGAUCUCAACUUGCAGCCCUCUUUGACUCCUUUUUCCAGUCUUUCAGAAGAGUUGCUAUCCCACCACUCAAAUACUAUCUCACCAGCUGUUUUGACUCUACUGAAGCAAAAUUUUCCCGAAACUUCGGUCAAAUUUCUAGCAGAAGAGACUUAUUUGCAGAAAUUGGCAGAGAAAUUGGGUAUCCAGGUCUCAGUAAGUGAUGAAAUGAAUAAACUCUUGUCCAUCAAGAAAAUCGAGGAAGUUCAAAGAAUGGACCGUUUCCCGACUCAAGGGGUGUAUGGUCUUCCAGCGGUAUCAUGCAAAUUUGCCCCUUUUUUUGUUUCUGGUAAGUCCAAAAAGAAAUUAGCUACGCCUGCACUGUCUCAGACCUCGAAUUUACCUCCAGAAGCAAUGCAAUUGUUGAAAAACCGAUUGGAUUCAUGCCAAGCCCGAAAGGAGGCAGCAGUCACCUCAACUGCCAGGAAACGGAGGAAAAAUGGAGAGAUUAAUGCUGCCGGUGAUUGUUCAAAAUCAAGCAAAUCUUUUGAAUUAAACAAGACAAUGACAAACUAUUGGAUUUUGCACAUCAACCCUUGGAAAACAACCAGCUCAGAGGUGGCUGAGUUUGAUGUACACCUCACCAAACUAUUUCCAAAUUCAUUUGUGUGGUUGCUGAGAGAAUGUUGUUUUUUACUUGACUGUAAGAUCACUGAUUUGUACCGAGAAAUCUGUGAUGUUGAAGAUUUGCUGCUAGGAAAAGAUUUACCCUGAGAUAAUGUCAGUCAGUCUUGAUAGCAUAGCUACUUGGACAUAACUCUCCUAUUGUUAUCGAUAGCAAAAUUAAAAAAUUAAUUUGAGCAUUGCAAACUUCUAGUCAUGUUUUAUCCCGAUGAAAGAAAACAAUCUCCUCAGUCGUUGAAAUUUUGUUAUACUUUUUUUUGAUAAUCUAAAAAUACCUAUUCUUGAAAAAUAGCAUGCGGAAAUGCCAGUCCCCUUUUUUGAAAAUGGAGUAAUAUGUUUGCGAACACUGGGAAGAUAAGUGGCAAAGUAAAACUGAGACAAGCAUGUGUUGAAAAAAAGAAUGAAGCAGCUAAUCAAACUCUUACAUCUAAAAGAUUUACAUUCUCAGCAGGAGUACAGAGAGUUCUUAUUUUCAGUACUCCCAUUUCUCAAACUGACUUUACAAUAUCCAAAACCCCAAAAUUUUUCGAAAACCACUUUUUCCCUUAGAUUUCAAAGCUGACUCCCUCAUUAUGCCACAAAUUGUUAAUAAACCAUCUAAACCAUCUGUAUUUCC